UCGGCGGCGGAGCGGAGCGGAGCGGCCGCCGCCCCAGCCGCGGCGGAGUGAAUGGGUUGCCAUGGCAACUGAGUGAGGCAGGCAGCGAGGCCGCCGCGGCCCCAGCCGCCUCCGCUCCGCAGCGUGUGGGCGAGCAGGCAGCGGGCGGCCGCCGGGACAGCCGAGGGGACGCCGGGAGCGCAGCGGCAGGAUGGAGGACGGCUUCUCCAGCUACAGCAGCCUCUACGACACCUCCUCGCUGCUCCAGUUCUGCAACGAUGACAGUGCCUCUGCUGCAAGCAGUAUGGAGGUCACAGAUCGCAUUGCCUCUCUGGAGCAGCGUGUCCAGAUGCAGGAAGAUGACAUCCAGCUGCUCAAAUCUGCCCUUGCUGAUGUGGUCCGACGCUUGAAUAUUACAGAGGAGCAGCAGGCCAUGCAGAACAAGAAAGGACCUACCAAAGAUCAGAGUAUGAUUAAAAAAGCUGCUGCUGAGGCUGAUAAACUUGUCAGUCCUGCUACCACAGCAAGACCACUGGUACAAACCCUGCCUUUAAGGACUACAGUUAACAAUGGAACUGUGUUACCAAAGAAACCAAGUGGCUCUUUACCUUCUCCAUCAGGAACCAGAAAGGAGACUGUAUCACCAGCAGCAAAAAGCACCAUUAAGAGAACCAGUUCAGCUGAGCGUGUGUCCCCAGGAAGUCGGAGGGAAAGCUAUGGAGAUUCCAAAGGGAGUCGCAACCGCACUGGUUCCACCAGCAGUUCAUCUAGUGGUAAAAAGAACAGUGAAAGCAAACCCAAGGAACCAAUGUUCAGUGCAGGGAAGCGCCGUGUGACACACUGCAAAGAGGAAGGAUACGUAAAAAUGUUUCUUCGUGGACGUCCUGUUACCAUGUACAUGCCCAAAGAGCAAGUGGAAUCUUACAAUUUGGAAGCAAAAGUAGAACUACCAGCCAAGAGGCUUAAACUGGAAUGGGUCUAUGGCUAUAGGGGCCGGGACUGCCGCAGCAAUCUCUAUCUCCUGCCGACGGGCGAGACCGUGUACUUCAUCGCGUCUGUAGUUGUGUUGUUCAACGUCGAGGAGCAGCUUCAGAGACAUUACACUGGUCAUAAUGAUGAUGUGAAGUGCCUGGCUGUUCAUCCUGAUAGGAUCACUAUAGCAACAGGUCAAGUUGCAGGGACAUCCAAGGAUGGGAAACAAUUGCCUCCACAUGUGCGUGUCUGGGAUUCUGUUACUCUGAACACACUUCAUGUCAUUGGAAUGGGGUUUUUUGACCGAGCUGUCACUUGCAUUGCUUUUUCUAAAUCUAAUGGAGGAAGUAGUCUGUGCUCUGUGGAUGACUCCAAUGACCAUGUGCUUUCAGUGUGGGACUGGCAGAAAGAAGAAAAGCUGGCAGAUGUCAAGUGCUCUAAUGAGGCUGUAUUUGCUGCAGAUUUUCACCCUACUGAUACAAAUAUAAUAGUUACUUGUGGAAAAUCACACCUUUAUUUUUGGACACUAGAAGGCAAUUCCCUUAUUAAAAAGCAAGGAUUAUUUGAGAAACAAGAGAAGCCAAAGUUUGUCCUGUGUGUGACCUUUUCUGAAAAUGGUGAUACUAUUACAGGAGACUCAAGUGGAAACAUUUUGGUUUGGGGGAAAGGUACCAACAGAAUAAGCCACGCAGUUCAAGGAGCACACGAGGGUGGAAUAUUUGCCCUGUGUAUGCUGCGAGAUGGCACAUUGGUAUCAGGAGGAGGAAAAGACCGAAAGCUGAUAUCUUGGAAUGGAAACUACCAAAAAAUUCACAAAACUGAGAUUCCAGAACAGUUUGGUCCAAUAAGAACAGUAGCAGAGGGAAAAGGGGACGUUGUUUUAAUAGGAACCACCAGAAAUUUUGUCCUACAGGGCACACUGUCAGGAGAUUUUUUCCCAAUUACCCAGGGCCACACUGAUGAGCUUUGGGGACUUGCAGUCCAUUCUUCUAAGCCUCAGUUCUUCACAUGUGGACAUGACAAACACAUUACACUCUGGGAUGCAACCACUCACCAUCCUAUCUGGAACAAGAUUAUAGAGGAUCCAGCACAGUCUUCAGGUUUUCAUCCAUCAGCAUCUGUUGUUGCAGUAGGGACACUAACUGGAAGGUGGUUUGUGUUUGACACAGAAACAAAAGACUUGGUCACUGUACACACAGAUGGAAAUGAGCAGCUGUCUGUAAUGCGUUACUCACCAGAUGGAAACUUCUUGGCAAUAGGUUCCCAUGACAACUGCAUUUAUAUAUAUGGUGUAAGUGAAAAUGGAAGAAAGUACACUAGAAUUGGCAAAUGUUCAGGUCAUUCCAGCUUCAUUACUCAUCUGGAUUGGUCUGUUAAUUCACAAUAUCUUGUGUCUAAUUCAGGAGACUAUGAAAUCUUAUACUGGAUCCCCUCUGCUUGUAAACAAGUUGUGAGUGUUGAAACAACCAGGGAUAUAGAAUGGGCCACUUACACCUGUACUUUAGGAUUCCAUGUUUUUGGUGUAUGGCCUGAAGGUUCAGAUGGCACAGAUAUCAACGCUGUCUGUCGAUCCCAUGGGAGAAAACUGCUAUCAACAGGAGAUGAUUUUGGCAAAGUACAUCUCUUCUCAUAUCCAUGCUCACAGUUUAGGGCUCCAAGCCAUGUGUACGGUGGACAUAGUAGUCAUGUAACUAAUGUAGAUUUUCUCUGUGAAGACACCCACCUCAUCUCCACAGGAGGAAAGGACACAAGUAUUAUGCAGUGGCGAGUCAUUUAAAGGAAACAUCAGCGUGAACAUAUGCAGUUGAGUCGACCAUGCACAGAACUUAUGUAUAAACUGUAUAUUUAAAACUUAACGGUAUGUUUGCAGUUUAGCCUGGUCACUGUGAUUUUUGUUUAAAAAAUUCUUACAAACCUCAGGAAAAUUAAGCCCUGUGCUGGUUACCUUACUCAGUCUAGUAUUUUUUUUUCAUUGUGUCACACCUUAAGAUUGAUUGUUCUCUGUUGUACAAUAUACAAUGCAGUACAAGUUUAAUAUAAGAAAUGUGGCUUGACAGUUUGCAAUACAGUGCUAUCAGCAGAAUGUGACUAUCUUAAAUGUUUUCUAUAAACACUGCUAAACUGGUCACAAAAAUGCCUUUCAAAGACUGUAUAUAUGUGCUUAUUCGUUUCACUAUCUACACUUUGUACUAUAUAUCUACUUAUAUAGAAAAAUCUAUGACAAUGUCAAGGUACUGAACUGUUUCUGCUGGAGGCUGAUGAAUAGAUACAAAAAGUACAAACUGCAAUGUAAGAUGCAAAAAUUCGUGUUCUAGACCUGACAAUGUGAAUGCUGGUAAAUUUGCAUUCUCUUGGUAACAGCACACUGUGGGUGUCACCCAUGAGGAGUUGUGUUCCUUUUCCAAUGAAUCAGCAGGCUUUGUCCCAGUUUGACCUGAAUUUCUCAGCAGGGCUUACAGAUGUCUGUGUGGUUCAGGUAGUCCAUAUGAGUUUAAAUUAAAAAUCUUUUUACUUGUAUAUGAAAAAUUUCUUUUUGAAAACAAACCAAUAAAGCUUGGCCACAUCCCCAUUAUUGGCUCAUAUAUUUAACUAAUAUGUAUAUUAAUCAGCAUGAUGCUAUAUUGUACAUGUAUAAGAUUUUAGCAGUUCAUAACAAAUGGUAAGGCCAUCUAGCUUUACUUUUUUACGCUUAUGGAUACUGUAUAUUUGUAUUUUAAGACCAAGUAGACCAAGUCUAAAGAUAUCUUUUUAAGUGUAUCAUAAACCUGCAGAGGCUAAAGGAAGACUUGGAAGCCUACAUGAAAUAUUAAUGUGUAACUUCUGGCCCCUGUGUUUUGUGCAUGGAUGGGUAUUUAUAGUAUGAAAUAAGAUUGUGUUUUGCAAUGAAGUAACAGUGGAGGUGGUAUAAAAUGGUUAAGAAGGCCUUAUCAAUGUUGAUUGUGACACAGAUUGAAAUGUAUUGUUUACUAUGAGGAAUGUAUCUGAAGAAUUUUAAAAGAAGAGUUCUAAGUGGACUCGAAAAAGGUAAAUUAAAAUUUUGCUUGUAAUGGACAGUAAAUGUUAAUUCUCUGAACUCUAAAGCACUGGUUGUUUAGAGUGAUUUAAAUGAAAUUGAAUCAAUAAAUUUUGAAACUUUUUUAUUACAUCUCCAACCUCCUACACUGAAAGUGCAGGACACCAAUAAACAUGUAUUAAAGUGAA